AUGGAAUCAAACAAGGACGAAGCGGAACGCUGCAUAGAGAUAUCUAUCGCGGCGCUUCGAGAUAAUCAACCCGACAAAGCUCGAAGAUUCCUGGAGAAGGCACAGAAACUGUUUCCCACACAGAAGGCACAACGUUUAUUAGAAUCUAUAGCUCUGAAUGGAAACACACAUGGCAGUAAUAAUAACUGUGGAGAAAAAGAGAGCAGUGGAGUUAGACACCGAGCCACCAGUGCUGGAGAGGAGACAUCAGAAGACGGUGCCACAGACGGAGCCAAGUCAUAUACAGCAGAACAACUGGAUGCAGUCAAACAAAUAAAGAAGUGCAAAGACUAUUAUGAGAUUCUGGGAGUCAGUAAAGAUGUGUCGGAUGAUGAUCUGAAAAAAGCUUAUAGAAAACUGGCUUUGAAAUUCCAUCCGGAUAAAAACCAUGCUCCAGGUGCUACAGAGGCAUUUAAAGCUAUCGGGAAUGCGUAUGCCAUACUUAGUAACACAGAAAAGCGGAAACAGUACGACCUUUAUGGUGAGGAGAAAGUUCACCAGUCACGUCAUGGCCAUUCUCAUCACGGCUUUGAGGCAGAUAUUUCGCCUGAGGAUCUCUUCAACAUGUUCUUUGGAGGCGGAUUCCCAUCAAGUAAUGUCCAUGUUUAUAGUAAUGGCAGGAUGAGAUUUGGACAUAACCAGAGGCAUGAACGAAGAGAACAACGGAGAGAUGGAAGCCUUGCUCUGUUUGUUCAGCUGAUGCCCAUCCUCGUCCUCAUUGUAGUUUCAGCCCUUAGCCAGUUGAUGGUGUCCAGCCCUCCCUACAGUCUAAGCCACAGGCCAUCCUCGGGGCACACGAACAGGCGACAGACAGCUAAUCUGAAGGUGCCUUACUAUGUGGGUGACCACUUUUCAGAAGAAUAUACUGGAAAGCAUCUUAAGAAUAUUGAGCAAAGUGUGGAGGAUGACUACAUUUCAAACCUUCGAAAUAACUGUUGGAAGGAAAAGCAACAGAAGGAAGGACUGUUGUAUCGGGCACGGUAUUUUGGAGAUUCAGACUUAUACCAAAGGGCCCAGAAGAUGGGUACACCCAGUUGUUCAAAGCUGUCAGACAUUCAAGUCCUUUUACAUGGACACUGAAAAACAAGAAGGUCCAUAUUUGAAGGUGACCAACUACAAACUCACCAAACUUUCAGUAAAAGUAGAGUGGGAAUUUGCACCAGUUCAAGAAAAAAACAAAAAUGAUCUGUCUCCUUGCAGCACCAGGCAACUUUGUCUUUCCUCUCUCCCAUAAUGAUGAUGAAGUGGAACAUCAUUGGGUAGCUAUUGCUAAGGUCUGAAAAACAGCACUAACACUUAAUUGUGCUUAUCUGAAAGUAAUUGGUGAUGCUUUAUGAAUGUGAAACAUGAACAAAUAGGUAUAUUCUGAAUGGUAAGUUAUGAUCCAAGCUUAAUGCCUUUCUCUUAAGUCCAGUUUUCCGUUCAGUAAUUCUUAAGAAUCCCAUAUUUGGGUUAUCUGAGCCAAUUGAGACUUUAGUAUUUGUUUGGACAGCAAGAACAUCAAGAAAUUCGGUUAUUUGAAAUGUUGCUGUUUGUUAUUUAAUUCUUCAGUGUAGAUUGCCUCUUGGGUUUUUUUUUAAGAUGCAGCUGAGAUUAAUGAAGAGAUUUCACCCUGUAUUUAUUAAAAUUUAAUCACCUA